AUGGCGCUCAAGAAGCGCUUCACAAGCUUGAUGCGGCGUCCGGCCAAUGAGGAGCCUCCGCCCGACGCCGACACGCCCGAAGCAAAUGUCGUCAGGGGCUUGAGAUCAUUUUGCGAGUCGGGUGGUACCAAUUCCGGUGAAGAAGUCCUCCAUCUCCCUACCAUCGUCGAAGGCGCAGUCGCCAGUCCCGCCGCGGCGCAAGCCGCAUGCACCCAGAUCCGCAAGUUCCUCUCCAAGGACAACUACUCCCGACCACACGUACAAUACAAUGCCGUUAUGCUCAUCAGGAUCCUGGCGGAUAACCCGGGCGAGUCCUUCACCAAGAACAUGGACAAGCAGUUCGCAGACACGGUGAAGCACCUGCUACGGAACGGGCAGGACCCCAGCGUGGCACAGAUACUGCGGGAGACGUUGGAUGCAUUGGACCGGGAUAAGGCGCAUGACAACAACCUCACAACCCUCCUCGCCAUGUGGAGGAAGGAGAAGAGCCUCAUGGCCGACGCAGCGAAGCAGUUUGGGCCGCGGACGCUCAAUGCGCCGCCGUGGAACGGCCAGCCGCCGCCGCAAGGUGGCUACGGAUCCGGCCCACGAUCGCAUUCGCGCACCCUCCCGCCUCCAGCCGAGCUGUCUGGACGGAUUGAAGAGGCACGGACAACUGCGAAGCUUCUGCUGCAACUGGUCCAGUCAACACCUACGCAUGAGCUGCUGACCAACGAUCUGGUGAAGGAGUUCUCGGAGCGAUGCAUGACGGCUCAGCGUAGCAUACAGGGCUACAUCAACUGUGACAAUCCACCUCCCGACGACGACACGAUGCUCACGCUGAUUGAGACGAACGAGCAGCUGUCCCUUGCAGCGUCGAAACACCAACGCGCCAUCCUACAGGCUCGUAGGGCUCAGGGCAUGUCUUCCACGCCGCCUCUUCCCGCCCGCAACCCUCCGCACAACUCAUCGAUGCCCGGUCCGCCUAGCACGUAUACUCCUCCUCCUGUUAGCGCAUAUGCACCUCCUCCGCAACCUCCCCCACGCAACGAAUCACCGGCCCACCCUCCUGUUCACCCAGGGGUGGGAGUUCCCAAUGCGCCAGGCCCAGAUGCCACCCAGAAGACAGACCUUCCGCUCCCUCCACCGUUGCAAGCUGGCGGCGGCGACGCUAGACUGCAACAACGGUCAAGCACAGAAGACGACAACCCCUUCGCGGACCACUACACUUCCACUUAUAACCCUACCCCCAGAACCCAUGGAAACGACAAGGAUCAGGGUCGGCAGCAGACGGCGGAAACCCACCCGACAAUGCGUGGAGCCUCUCCAGUCUCGGACGCGGGGCGGCCAAGGACGCCCGAGACCAGCGGCAACCGGCAAGACAAUGAUGUGUCGCCCGUCGCGGAGCGCACCCCGAUCACCUACAGAUAUUAG